AUUAUUACAAAACUACAUCUAUAUAAGCAACUCAUUGCUUAUGCUUUCCACAAAUCUAUGAUGCACAUAUUAAACUUCCACUACAACUACUGCAAAAUAAAACUUUUAUUACAACUUUUCUUUAUUUCAUUAUCUAAAUUUAAACUCCAAUUAAUUUUUGAGACAAUUUAGUAUGACAUUAAGAUAAAAAUGAGAGAAAAUAGAGAAGAAUUAGCAUCAAGCAGCCAAUUAGGUGAAGGCCAAAGAGAGUCUAAAAGAGAUGAUGAUCACAAAGUUUCAUUCUACAAGAUGUUUGUUUUUGCAGAUAGGCUUGACAUGAGUUUGAUGAUAAUUGGGAGUGUAUCUGCUAUUGCAUGUGGCCUCUCUCAGCCUCUUAUGACUCUCAUUUUUGGUCAGCUUGUCAAUACUUUUGGCACUAAUCAAACUUCUGAUGAUCUUGUUCCCAAUGUUUCAAAGUUAGUACUGAAGUUUGUAUACAUGGCAAUUGGUAUAGGCAUUGCUGCACUUUUACAGGUGUCGUGUUGGAUGGUGGCCGGAGAAAGACAAUCCGCUCGCAUCCGACGAAUGUACUUGAAAACCAUAUUGAGACAGGAUAUUGCCUUCUUUGACACUGAAACGACAACCGGUGAGAUCAUCGGAAGAAUGUCCGGUGACACAAUUCUCAUCCAAGAUGCCUUAGGUGAAAAGGUUGGGAAAUUUAUACAACUAGUAUCAACUUUUUUAGGGGGAUUUAUUGUUGCUUUCACUAAAGGAUGGCUUCUUGCAUUAGUUCUUCUAUCUUGUCUUCCUGCUCUGGUCAUUAGUUUUGGAAUCAUGGCCUUGCUCACUGCUAAAAUGUCGAGCCGCGGCCAAAUUGCCUAUUCACAAGCCGGAAAUGUUGUAGAACAAACAGUCGGUUCCAUUAGAACAGUUGCAUCAUUCACAGGAGAGAAGGAUUCAAUUGAGAAAUACAAUGAGAAGUUAAAGAUAGCUUACAAGGCCAGUGUGCAACAAGGAUUGGCCUCAGGCUUAGGAAAUGGUUUAAUGAUGUUUGUGCUAUUUGGAGCUUAUGGACUUGCAUUAUGGUAUGGAGCCAAAUUGGUGAUAGAGAAAGGUUAUAAUGGUGGACAAGUCAUCAAUGUUAUGUUUGCUAUCAUGACUGGAGGAAUGUCAUUAGGACAAACUUCCCCGUGCCUACAUGCAUUUGCAGCAGGGCAAGCUGCAGCUUACAAGAUGUUCGAAACCAUCAACCGAAAACCAAAAAUCGACGUCUAUGACACCAACGGAAUAGUAUUAGAAGAUAUCAACGGCGAUAUAGAGCUAAAAAAUGUGAAUUUCAGAUAUCCCGCGAGGCCCGAGGUUCAAAUAUUCUCAGGAUUUUCACUACAAGUUCCAUGUGGAACAACUACAGCUUUAGUAGGCCAAAGUGGGAGUGGAAAAUCAACCGUUAUAAGCCUAAUUGAGAGAUUUUACGAUCCGGAAAGUGGCGAAAUUCUUAUAGAUGGAGUUGAUUUGAAGAAAUUGAAGCUGAGUUGGUUAAGGGAACAGAUUGGAUUAGUUAGUCAAGAACCUAUAUUAUUUGCAACUACUAUUAAGGAAAAUAUAGCUUAUGGAAAAGAAAAUGCAAGUGAUCAAGAGAUUAGAAGUGCAAUUGAGAUGGCAAAUGCUGCCAAAUUCAUCGACAGACUGCCUAAGGGACUUGAUACAAAGGUAGGAGAACACGGUACACAGUUAUCAGGUGGGCAGAAGCAACGAAUCGCCAUAGCAAGAGCGAUUCUGAAGAAUCCGAAAAUCCUGCUUCUGGACGAAGCAACAAGCGCGUUGGACGCGGAAUCUGAAAGUAUUGUUCAGGAUGCUCUACUCAAAAUUAUGUGCAACAGAACUACUCUUGUUGUUGCACAUCGUUUGACAACCAUCAGGAAUGCUCACAUCAUUGCUGUUGUGCAAAUGGGCAAAAUUGUGGAGAAAGGUUCUCAUGAGGAAUUAAUAAAAGAUACGGAGGGAGCAUACUCGCAGCUAGUUCGUCUCCAAGAACAAACUCAGGACUCUAAACACUCUCCGCUUCGAAAUGCAGACACUUCCGAAAUCAGUUCCGACACAGACCAUAUGCAUAUCUCCAGGUCUAUCAGCCUGAAACGAUCUUCCUUAAGAUCCCUAAGCAGAGGUUCAUCCGGAAGUAGCCAUUCAUUCGCAAUUAGUACCUUAGCCUUUGGCCUUCCUGGACCGAUCAGCUUCCGCGAAAUCGAUGAACACGAGCGGACCACGGACCAGCUACACACACAUAAACAAGUUUCUAUCAGAAAGCUAGCCAACCUUAAUAAACCCGAGUUCCCUGCUUUAUUGGUCGGAACUAUUUCUGCAGCCGUAGUUGGGGUUACACUACCCGUGUUCGGCCUUUUACUCUCGACAUCGAUUCAUGUGUUUUACGAACCUCGGAAUGAGCUGAGAGAAGAUUCUAAAACUUAUGCAAUGAUCUAUGCGGGAAUAGGCUUACUGAAUUUCGUUUUUAUUCCCAUUCAGAAUUUCUUCUUUGGAAUUGCUGGGGGUAAAUUGGUAGAAAGAAUUCGUUCUAUGACAUUUGAAAAAGUUGUGCACCAAGAAAUUAGCUGGUUUGAUGAUCCUGCAAAUUCAAGUGGUGCAGUUGGUGCAAGGUUAUCUACUGAUGCUUCAGUGGUCAGCUGUCUCGUUGGUGAUACUCUAGCUUUAUUGGUCCAGAACAUAGCAACGAUCAUAGCAGCCUUAUUUAUAGCAUUCAAAGCUAACCGGAUUUUGACAUUUGUAGUUCUUUGUGUGACACCCUUAAUUCUAUUCCAAGGUCUCAUCCAGGUUAGGUUUCUCAAAGGGUUCAGUGCCGAUGCCAAGGUGAUGUAUGAAGAAGCAAGUCAAGUAGCAAAUGAUGCAGUUGGAGGUAUUAGAACUGUUGCAUCCUUUUGUGCAGAGAAAAAAAUUAUGGAUUUAUAUCAGACAAAAUGUGAAAAUCCUACAAAACAAGGUGUUAGGCUUGGAGUUGUUAGUGGUGCUGGUUUUGGAUUUUCUUUCUUUCUAAUCUUCUGCUCAUAUGCCUUCUGUUUCUACAUUGGUUCUAUUCUUGUUCAACAUGGAAAAGCAACAUUUGGAGAACUUUUCAAGGUAUAUUUCGCGUUGACUAUUUCGUCGAUAGCGGUUUCUCAAUCUAGCGGCUGGAGUCCCGACUCUGUGAAAGCGAAGAAUUCGGCAGCUUCAAUUUUUGCAAUUCUUGAUAGAAAAUCAAAAAUUGAUUCAAGCAGUGAUGAAGGUAUUGUUCUUCCAUAUGUAAAUGGUGAUAUUGAGUUGGAACAUGUGAGCUUCAAGUACCCAAUGAGGCCUAAUGUUCUCAUUUUCAAGGACUUGUCUCUAAUUAUCCCUUCAGGAAAGACUGCUGCAUUGGUUGGUGAAAGCGGCAGCGGAAAGUCAACAAUUAUCAGUCUAAUCGAAAGAUUUUACGAUCCCGAUUCCGGUCAUAUAUUCUUAGACAACGUAGAAAUAAACAAACUGAACCUAACAUGGCUCCGACAACAAAUGGGACUCGUUAGCCAAGAACCAAUCCUCUUCAACGAAACAAUCCGAGCCAACAUAGCUUACGGCAAGCAAGAAAACGUAACCGAAGAACAAAUAAUUAAAGCAACAAAAUCAGCAAAUGCACACAACUUCAUUUCUUCACUACCGCAAGGUUACGACACUCGCGUUGGCGAACGGGGAGUUCAAAUGUCCGGUGGACAAAAGCAAAGAAUUGCCAUUGCUAGGGCAAUACUCAAGAUCCCUAAAAUUUUGUUGCUCGAUGAAGCGACAAGCGCGUUGGACGCAGAGUCCGAGCGAGUGGUGCAGGAUGCUUUAGAUAGCGUAAUGGAGAACAGAACUACGAUCGUUGUUGCUCACCGGCUUAACACCAUUAAAGGAGCUGAUAUUAUUGCUGUGGUGAAGAAUGGUGUGAUUGCUGAGAAGGGGAGGCAUGAUGGUCUUAUGAAGAUUAAAAAUGGUGCUUAUGCUUCUUUGGUUGCACUUCAAUUGAGUGGAACAUAAGAAAUUAUGAAUUUAUAGGGUACAUUAAUUUUUAAUGGGCUAUAGUAAUUGAAUUGGAAUUAUAAAUUAAACCUCAAUUUAAAGAUGAUUUAUAAAACUAUACAAUUUUCGGCUUCAAAGUUCAUGUCUAUAUUUAAAUCACAAUCUUGGGGUGUUCAAGAUUUAUUUCUUUAAUUUGUAAUUUUUCUUUUAUAUUUGGAAUUUAAUUUUGUUUUC